GAGGGGAGAAAUAAAUAAAGAGAGAGAGAGAAAGAGAAGGAGGGAGGGAGAAGGUAAAAGUUGGGAGAGCUAUGAGUCACAGAGCGAGAUGGGAGGAGACUGGAGUAGAGAGAGAGAUGGAGGGAGGAGGGAUGGAGGUAUAAUUAUGGUAGGAGGCUGCCAGGGCGAGAGAGAGGAGAGAGAAGCAGAGGAAGAGAAAGAAAGAAGAGAGCGGGGAGAGAAAUAGAGAGAGUCCAGCCCACUCCGGUAAAACCAUUCAACUGGUGAGCGAGGGAACGCAUUCAACAGAGAGAGAGAGAGGAAAAGAGGUAAAAAGAGAGAGAGAGGAACUCCCUUCGUCUGGGAUAACUUAGUCAAACUGCCUCUUGAACACACACACACUCUGAACACACACUCUGCAGAGGCUUCACCCCGGGAACAAGGAUCCUCCCGCACUCCAGAGUUUUUCCUUCUCUGCUUUUCCAUCAUCCAUUCAUCACAUCUGAGAGUUUUUCCUCUUCUUCUUCUUCUCCUCGAUUUGUUGAUUUUUCUUUUUCUUUCUUUCUUUCUUGUGACGCCUCCACAUUUUCCAGCCAUCUGUCCCUGACAAAAAAGAUAAGGAUUACUCAUUUUCUCUCUCGGCGUAGUGUUUUUUUUCUUCUUCUUUUUUGUCCUCCUCUCUCUCGUUUCUUUACAGCUUUUUUUUCCCUCCGGUUUUUCGCAGGUGGACUGUGAGCUCAGCUGAACUUUGCAAACUUCUGAGGAGAGAACGAGAGCGAAGAAACACAAAGACAGAAAGAGAGCGAGAGACGGCAGACGAAGGAGAGAAAGUGUUUUAAACAGGAGAAGACUUUUUUGUUCAGACACUUUGGGACAAAACUUGACUUUCUGCAUCUUUACUGUGCAUCUGGCUUCAGCAUCACCAAAUCCAGCCUAGCAGCCAAUCAGACAUCAUGUCAAUCUUACCUGUUCUCAGCUGGACCGUCCUUCUCCUGGUCCAGACCUGUGGCUCCUCCUUGGACACAGGGUCCAGACUCCAGCCUCCACCUUUAUCUUUGACAGUCCAUCCUCACCACCAACCACUGCCGGACGCCUCCUCCAACUCCAACUGCCCCUCCUGUGCCCUGGCCAGGAUGAGGAGAAACGAAGGUGGCGUGACAGCGGCGGAUGACAUGUUGGGAAAUGACCAGGAGGAAGUGGAGGCGGCGCAGCAGGACGUGGUGGAGGCAGUGAAGAGGCACAUCCUCAACAUGCUGCACCUUCAGGCGCGGCCCAACAUCACCCGGCCUGUGCCGCGCGCCGCGUUGCUCAACGCCCUGCGCAAGCUCCACGUGGGGCGAGUGGCGGAGGAUGGAAGCGUGCAGAUCGAGGGGGAGGAGGAGGUGCGAGGGCGGGGUGGCCGUGGAGGAGGGGGAGGAGCAGCGACGGCGGCGGCUCGGGCAGGAGACAGCGGCGAUGCUCAGGAGACAACGGAGAUCAUCACCUUCGCUGAGGCUGGCGAGUCUCAGGGCACGGUGAACUUCGUCCUUUCUAAAGAAGGAGGUGACCUCUCCCUGGUGGAGCAGGCUAACGUCUGGCUCUUCCUUCGUUUGGCGAAGACCAAUCGCAGCCGAGCGAAAGUCAGCAUCCGCCUCUUCCAGCAGCGCCUGCUCCCCAACGGACGCCUGUCCCCGCCGCAGGACGACGAGCUGCUGGCUGAGAAAACGGUUGAUACGCGCCGCAGCGGCUGGCACACCUUCCCCGUGUCAGCGGCAGUGCAGGCACUGCUGGAGAGCUCUGAGAGCACCACGCUGCGCCUCAGGGUGUCCUGCCCGCUCUGCGCCGACACAGGAGCGACACUCGUCCUGGUCUCCGGCGGCUCAGAGACGUCACAGCGCACCAACCAGCGGGAGCAAUCUCACCGACCCUUCCUCAUGGCAGUGGUACGGCAGGAGGAUGGCAGCGACUCACGGCGGCGCCGGAAGCGAGGCCUAGAGUGUGAUGGGAAGGUCCGCGUCUGCUGCAAACGGCAGUUCUACGUCAACUUCAAAGACAUCGGCUGGAACGACUGGAUAAUCGCACCAUCUGGUUACCAUGCCAACUACUGCGAGGGCGAGUGCCCCUCCCACGUGGCGAGCAUCACCGGGUCAACGUUGUCCUUUCACUCCACCGUCAUCAGUCACUACCGCAUGAGGGGCUACAGCCCCUUCCAGAACCUGAGGUCCUGCUGCGUCCCCACUCGGCUACGAGCCAUGUCCAUGCUGUACUACAACGAGGAGCAAAAGAUCAUCAAAAAGGACAUCCAGAACAUGAUCGUGGAGGAGUGCGGCUGCUCGUAAACACGUCUGAACCCCAUCAAACCAGAACAAACUGGGACUGGAGGGGACCCCAGAGGAGACGGGGGGGGGGGCUGCUGAACUCCGGAGAGAGAGAGAGGUGGAGGGAAGAGAGAAAGAUGAACUUUUGGAUCAUAGUCACUUUUAUUGUCUGCGUCUGAUUCCUCCUCCCUCCGUCACCCGGGGGUCACUCUCUGGAAUAAAAACUUUCCAUCCUCGUCCAACAGAACUCCGAAAGAGUCUCGAUGGCACUUUCAAAAAAAAAAAAAAAAAAAAAAAGAGAUGAAAAAAAAAGAUAGAAAAAAAGAAUAUCUAAUAUAUUUUUGUUACAAAAGGAGGGAGCGUGGCGUAUUUAUGUGGCUGAGACGUUCAAGCACCACUCGACCCGUCAGAUCUGGGAGAGACGAGGUGCAUGAAAAAACUACUAACAAACAAAUCUCAAAACUAUGCAACUUGUUUCACGUAUUACGAUCUUAUUGUAUUUUACUUUGUUUUUGUUCCCCAACUGUUUACUUUUCAAAAUGUACGAGGAAGAAAGAAGAAGACUUUUGUUUUAUUAUUUGGAAGUAUACAUUAUUGAUGUGUGUGUGUGUGUGUGUGUGUGUGUGUGUGUGUGUGUUGAGAGAUACUUGAAAGAAACAAGUUGGCCCCGCUGCUGGAACCAAACACUUCUUUAUGUUAUCAUGGUUACCAUGUUGAUGUUAUAAUUAUUAUUGUCAGUAAGUAUAUUAAUAAUAUUAUUGUUAUUGUUGUUAAUAAUAUUUUGUUUGGCUGCAUUCGUGUUAUUUUGUCUGCUUUGUUGUUGUUUUUUUAAAAGAAACGUUGCAUACGUUUUUUUUAAUGUUUUGCACUAUAGCGACACUUGUGUUCAGAUCAGACUGAAGAUAGAGAGAGAGAGGGCAGAGAGUGGGGCGUCCACUCCACAAAGGCCACAGGUUUGAUUCCCCGCGAUAAGCUCUGAGGUCAGAGUCUUCUGAAGGACAGAAGGAAGACUGUAUAAUAAAAAAUAUUUAAAGUAUUUACAGUGUUUGGACUUUUUAAAUUUGUCUAAAUUUGAUAGCUGUUCACUGACAUUGAAAUGUUUUUUUUUUGUACAACUUGAAGGUCUUAUUUUGAGUUAAAGCCUUCCGAAAGUGCGGGUAAUAAACGUCUGAUAAGAGAAAUACUGAAUCCCUCUUUAAUCAUGUUUGUUGACAUCCAAAUACAGAAUUCAAGUUAAAGCUGGUCUGACAAUAACAAAGUCGGCCUGAAGAAUAACCCAUCAUGUGAAGGUUUUUAAUCAUAAAAUUAAAAAUGACCACAUUUUCCAAUACGAACACAUUAUUUUUCUGUGUCGAUAAAAAGAUUCAUGACAUUUUUCCCAACAGUCACAUUAAUAGAUGCUGAAAGAGAUCAUUAGAACAACUUUUCCCUAAAAAAAAAAAAGAAA